UAAUCAUGCCACAUGCUCACGUUAAUGCAGCUCCCCCAAUUCGCCCAUCCACGGACCUCGAGCGAGGGGAUCUCCCAUGGCGAACACCAAAGCCAUCGCCUCCGUCGCCGCACUCCUCUUCCUUCUCGUCUCCUUCUCCGUCUUCUUUUCCUCCGACCUCCGAUCUCCCUUCUCCUCCUUUUCCCUCCCAUCCUCUGCCUCCCUCCGUCCCCGCUGCUCCGACAUCGGAGGCGGGGCCCGGCCGCCUCCUCUUAGGGUCUUCAUGUACGACCUGCCGCGCCGCUUCAACCUCGGGAUGCUCGGUCGCGGCGCUCAUCGGGAGGUGCCUGCGGCGGAGGGAGUCGGCGGGUUCCCGCCGUGGCCCAAGACCUCCGGGCUCAAGAAGCAGCACAGCGUGGAGUACUGGAUGAUGGUAUCGCUAAUGCCUGGCGGGAGCGGGGAGGGGGCCGAGGCGGUUAGGGUUCUUGAUGGGGAGGAGGCGGACGUCUUCUUCGUGCCCUUCUUCUCGUCGCUUAGUUUCAAUACCCAUGGGCAUAACAUGACUGAUCCGGAUACUGAGAUUGAUCGCCAGCUGCAGAUUGACCUCCUGGAUAUUUUAAGGAAAUCCAAAUAUUGGGAACGCUCUGCGGGUCGUGACCAUGUAAUCCCCAUGCAUCACCCAAAUGCUUUCAGAUUUCUGCGGGAUCAGGUGAAUGCAUCCAUUCUUGUGGUGGCAGAUUUUGGGCGAUAUCCCAGGAAUUUAGCUUUCCUUGGGAAAGAUGUUGUUGGACCUUAUGUGCAUGUCGUGGAUUCUUAUCUGGAAGAUGAUCCUCCUGAUCCAUUUGAAACCCGUCCUACUCUACUUUUCUUUCGAGGAAGAACAGUUAGGAAGGAUGAAGGAAUUGUUCGUUCCAAACUAGCAAAGAUUUUGAAAGAAUAUGAUGAUGUGCUGUAUGAAGAUAGCUUUGCCACUGGCGAAGGCAUAAAAGCAUCCUCGCAAGGCAUGCGGUCAUCCAAGUUUUGUCUGCACCCUGCUGGGGACACUCCUUCGUCAUGCCGUCUGUUUGAUGCCAUCGUAAGUCACUGUGUCCCUGUAAUUGUGAGUGACCGGAUUGAGCUGCCCUUCGAGGAUGAGAUUGACUACAGUGAAUUCUCCCUUUUCUUCUCUGCGGAAGAAGCCCUUCGGCCUGGCUACAUGGUGGGUCAGCUCCGGCAGAUCCAGAAAGAGAGGUGGAUAUUAAUGUGGAGGAGGCUGAAGAAUAUCUCUCACCACUAUGAGUUCCAAUACCCAACUAGAGAGGAAGAUGCUGUGAACAUGAUAUGGCGGCAAAUCCGGCAUAAACUUCCCGCAGCCAAUCUUGCAGUACAUCGGAACAGGAGAUUAAAAAUCCCGGACUGGUGGAGUAAAAAACGAUGACAGUCUACACUGGCUGGCAGAAUUAAAAAUUCUCAGCACUUGAUGGGCCGAAGUAUACAUUGAUUACAUGUGUACAUAUAUUGGUCCGUAAUUUGCAAUACGUGAUGAUAAGCUUAUGAUAUAGAUUCCAACUGAGCUCUUCCAAGAUGAGUGAACAAUUUUUUCUCCCUUGCUGUAACAUCAGAAUGGUUUUCUUACCGGUUGUAUUAAAGUGAUCAAGAGCAGUUGAAUAAACUGAAGCACUUUCAGAUAGUGCCCCAUAUGUAGACAACAAGCAAUCGGAUAAAUGAAGGAUAUAUUUUUUUCUUGUAUAA